CUAGUUUCCAACUUAUUACAACGCCAAUUAGUCCAUCAAAGGCAAAGGAUUAGCAAAGACCAAAUGAUUAACAAAGUGAUUAGAUCACAAUUACCAUGUGAUGUUUUCAUUAAUCACAGAGGUAAUGACACAAAGAGAACAAUAGCUUCAUUAUUAUAUGAUCAUUUGACACGUUUAAGGAUUAAUUCAUUUUUAGACAACAAAAACAUGAAGCCAGGUGACAAAUUAUUUGAGAAAAUUGAUAGUGCAAUUGAUGAAUGCAAAAUUGGUGUUGCUGUUUUUUCACCACGUUAUUGUGAUUCAUAUUUUUGUUUACAUGAAUUGGCUCUAUUUGUCGAAUCAAAAAAGAAAUUGAUUCCUAUUUUUUGCGAUGUGAAACCUUCUGAGCUUCGUGUUGGUAAGAGUAAUAAUAUUCAACUUGGACCAAAAGAAAUCGAGAGGUUUAAUUUGGCACUUGAUGAGGCUAAACACACCGUUGGACUUGAUUUCGACUCAAAUAAAGGGAACUGGUCUGAUGUGGUGACAAAAGCAGCUGAUGUUGUCAUUGAGAGUUUGAUUGAAAUUGAAGAAGCUCAGAUAAUCAGAAAUCCCAUAAAAUUAAUUAUACCAUAA